AUGUCGUUCGCGUUGUCAGAUGCCUACCGGCAAUACAGCCACCUCCUGACUACUUCACGUUUGCGGAAUGCAGUCUGGAGCACGUGCAUAGUGGCUCUCGCACAGCAGCUUUGCGGAAUCAAUGUUUUUGCCUUCUACUCAAACAACUUCUUCAUCAAAGGAGACCCGAGCCCUCGCAACGCUAUGCUUUACAGCUUGGGCUUUGGUGCCAUCAAUUUCCUGUUCGGCCUUCUCGCAAUCAGAUCGAUUGAUGUCUUCGGGAGACGCCGGUGGCUCCUCGUCACACUCCCAUUAAUGUGCAUGCUUCUGGCUGCAGCGGCCAUGUCAUUCCUUAUUCCCAAGGGACCGGUUCAAAUUGGAAUCGUUGCGUUAUUCAUCUUUUCUGUGUAUUCACCAGGACUUGGGCCCAUCCCCUUCACACUUGCUUCCGAAAGCUUCCCCCUCUCUCAGCGCGAAGCUGGUUGUUCUGCCGCCAUUUCCGUCAAUCUUUUCUUUGCGGGCAUACUCACGAUCGUUUUUCCAGCUGUCAAUGACGCACUGAAGCUGUAUGGUACUCUGGCGCUGUUCGCUGGCCUCAAUCUUGUGGCAUUUGCUCUGGUCUUUUUGCUCGUCGAGGAAACCAAACAGCUCAGAGAGCAUUUGCCAUACCUGAUCAAGAGAUACCUGAUGCGUACUUGGAACGGCGGUGACCCGCCCAACUUCUACACCAAGGUAAUCGAUGGUUCUUAUUCUCACGAAAUGGGGCCAAUGAGGCGGGAUGAGCCGACGGACGAAUGA